UCCUUUUGUAUCCGGUGUCGCCAUCGUAGCACGCCAUGCGAGUCAGGGGAAAUCUUUUAAGAUAUUAACGGUAAUUGUUUAUUAUAAAUGGUUCUUCAAAAUUAGACUUAUUGAAACUGACCUACAAAGGCUACAAAAGAUGUCGCGCAUUAUUGUAAAAAACUUACCUAAAAACAUCAAAGAAGAGAGGUUGCGGAAACUUUUUAGCGAAAAAGGCGUUAUAACCAAUUGUAACUUGAAAUAUACCCCGGAUGGAGUUUUCAGAAAGUUUGCGUUUAUUGGCUACCAAACUGACAGUGCAGCCAAUAAUGCCAUUAAAUUCUUCAAUAAUACCUACAUAGAUACCAAUAAAAUUGUCGUUGAAUCAUGUCAGAAAUUGGGUGAAAAGUAUAAAGCGCGUCCUUGGAGUAAAUAUUCUAAGGGGAGCUCAGCUUAUAAGAGGCUUCAUCCCGAUGAAGUUGAUCAUACAGAAGAAAAAGCUAAAUCAUUCGAGAAAAAGGCUAAAAUAGAAAAGAUUAACGUUGUCGGCGAACUAGACAAAGAUGAAAAAUUCAAGGAGUUCGUUUCCCUACAUCAGAACCUUUCUGUAAAACCGUCAUGGCAAGAUGACGGAGUGACAGUAAAUAAUGAUGGUAAAGAUAUAGCAUUUGAAUCUGAUGACGAUUCAGAUGAAGAAAGUGGCCAUAAAGAAAAGAAAGAGAAAAGUGAAGAUGAGCCUGAGAAAGAAGUAGAAGAAGACAAUGAAAAACAACUAACGACUGAAGAGAGAGAGAGAGAUAAAGUUAAUCGGGUUUUACAAACCAGCAGACUAUUUGUACGAAAUUUAUAUUAUGAUUGCCAAGAGGAUCACCUGAAAGAUUUAUUUUCCGUCUAUGGUGAAGUUAAUGAAGUUCACAUGCCGGUUGACUUUAAAACUGAAAAAUCUCUUGGGUUUGCUUUUAUAUCAUUUACAUCUGCAGAAAAUGCAGUGAAGGCCAUGACAGAACUAGAUGGGUGUGAUUUUCAGGGACGUCUUUUACAUAUAUUACCGGCUGAAAAGAAACGUGAUGACGAUGGCGUUCCAGAAAAUUUGACGUAUAAAGCGAAAAAACUCUUGGAAAAGAAACAAAAUGCUGGAAGUGUUCAUAACUGGAAUGCGUUGUUCGUAUCACCCAGUGCAGUUGCCGACGUAAUGGCCCACAAGUACAAUGUCGACAAAAUGGAUGUUCUGGAAGAUACAGGAAAGGACAGCCUUGCCGUUAGAAUGGCUCUAGGGGAAACGGAAAUUGUCGCAGAAACUAAGGAUUUCUUGAUUAAAAAUGGUGUAAAGAUUGAUAUAUUUGGAAAGCCUGAAACUAAACGUAGCGAAAGAGUUUUGAUUGUGAAGAAUUUAUCUAGCGGAACAAGGAGAAAGGACAUUGAGAAUAUGUUUGAAAAAUAUGGAGAUAUUGAAAGAGUUGUUAUACCACCGUAUGGUUUAACAGCGUUAGUUAUGUUUCGUUUGCCUAUUGCCUGCCGUAAUGCAUUCAGAGCCAUAGCAUAUAAAAAAGUUAAGGACUCUCCAAUAUACUUGGAAAGAGCUCCCUUUGGUGUUUUCGAUGAAGAUAUUAAACCAGUGGUCGAGACCGAAGAUAAACCUAAGAAACGAAAAAAGAACAAAAAACACAAAGAAGAGGAAGCGGAAAGCGAAAAAGUGGAUAGCAACAGUAAAACCGAAGAAAAAGUAACGGCUCCAGAUCAAAAUAAAGAAGAAAAAGAGAAAAAAUCUAUAAAUAAGAAAAACGUUGAACAUGUUACUGGAAAGAUAAUUGUUAAGAAUGUUCCAUUUGAAGCGACUCAAAAAGAAGUUCGAGAAUUGUUUAGCACCUUUGGAGAACUGAAAUACGUGAGGUUACCUAAAAAGGUAUCGGGAGGUCAUCGGGGCUUUGCAUUUAUAGAAUAUAUUUCCAAAGAGCAUUCAAAGGUAAACAAAUUUUAAGUAUAAUAUUUAACUAUCAAAAUGGAAUUUAAUGGAACCUCUGUUUACUUAUAAAAUAAAAUUAAUUUUGCAGAAAGCAUUUGAAGCACUUGCGACGAGUAGUCAUAUUCUCGGCAGACGUGUUAUUUUAGAGUGGGCGAAAACUGAUUAAAUAUUUGGCUGUUUAAAUUCAAAGUGUAUAUAGAGUACAUGUUGUGUAAUGUUGUAUGCGAUUUCAUGCAGAAUAAAUAAUAUCGAUUUGUUAAAUAA